AUGCUCAUCAGGCCAUCGCUGUCGCCUCGGACAAAGUCGCCCAAGACAGACAUUGCGCGCGUCAAGGACCGUUCGGGGACCGAUCCGGAGGACCCCGAGAAGGCGGCGCCGUACCCUCCGGAGCUGUUCCCGGGCGGCAAGGACGUCCAGACGGUAUAUGGCACCGUCAGGGUGUUUGAGUGGGGGCCUGAGGAGGGCGAAAAGGUGCUUCUGGUGCAUGGCAUCGGCACGCCGUGCAUUGCCAUGGGCGGAAUUGCCUGGGAGUUUGUGCGGAAGGGGUACAGGGUCAUGGUCUUUGACUUGUUUGGGAGAGGCUACUCCGAUGGCCCUUCCAAUGCGCCGUACGAUGAGUGUCUCUAUACCACUCAGAUUCUUCUCGUCUUGGCAUCUUCGUCUCUGUCCUGGACCGGCGCCUCUUCCUUCCACCUCCUGGGCUACUCGCUGGGGGGUGCUCUGGCAGCAGCCUUUGCGGCGUAUCACUCGCACAUGCUGCGCUCCCUCACCGUAGUCUGCCCAGGAGGCCUCGUGCGCGAGUCCCACCUCAGCUGGAAGAGCCGCCUCCUGUACUCCCACGGCGUGCUGCCCGAGUGGCUGCUUCGGAGCUGGGUGCGGGCACGCAUCGCGCCGCAGCACGGGCAGAGCGCAGACAUUCCUGAUGGCGACGAAGCGGCAGAGGUCAACUUUGACGAUGUGUCCAUGGCUGUUGGGAGGAACAGUUUCGUCAGAGUUGGGGACGUCGUGGGCUGGCAGCUGGAUGCUAACCCGGCCUUUGUCGACUCGUACAUGAGUACGAUUCGGUAUGCGCCUAUAUAUGGGCAGCAUGAUAAGAUGUGGGCUAUCUUGGGGGAGAGGCUCGCUGCUAAUCGGGAGCUUGGCCAGGGGCUGCAGAGGGUGUGCGUCAUCUUGGGGGAUAAAGACACGUUGAUUAUCAAGGACGAGUGGAUUGAAGACACCAAGGCGGUUUUGGGAGAAGAGGGCGUAGAGGUUUGGGUGAUUUCUGGGGGCCACGAAAUCGCCAUUUCAAAGGGCAAAGAGGUAGCUGAUGUUGCCAUGUCGUCGUGGAAGAGCAGUCGACAUGGUAAUAGCAAAUCAUCUAAGAGCAGCAGCAGCGGCAGCGGUAGCGGAACUCGAUCCAAGAAGAUUAGACAUAGAAAUUAG